AGUCUAGUCUUUUUCCGGUACGCAAGGUCGGCAAUUUCUAAAUAAUCAUGGCUGAUGUUGAUGUUGAGGUACCAGCAAACCCCGUGUUGAGCGGUGGUGCUAUGGAUGUGAACACAGCCCUGCAGGAGGUAUUGAAGACUGCACUCAUCCACGGUGGCCUUGUACACGGACUCCAUGAAGCUGCUAAAGCUCUUGACAAGAGGCAAGCUAUGCUUUGUGUUUUGGCUGAGAACUGCGAUGAGGCUUCAUACAAAAAGCUUGUGCAAGCCCUUUGCAAUGAACAUCAGAUUCCUCUUGUGAAGGUCGACAACAAUAAGAAACUUGGCGAGUGGGCUGGUCUCUGCAAAAUUGACAAAGACGGCAAAGCGAGAAAAAUCGUGGGCUGCUCAUGUGUGGUGAUCAAAGACUUCGGUGAAGAAACUCCCGCGUUGGAUGUGCUUAAAGACUACCUAAAAUCUUCGAGCUAGAUCCUAGGUGUAAUUGCUAAGUU